AUGUCGAAUCUUCGGGUCCUUUGUCGAGAUCAGCCUCAACGUACAAUUGCGCUGGCCUCGUCGGAUCAUGCUCUCGUGUUUCACUACACAUUAACCGAGACCAUUACGAAGGACAGUCCACGCUGUCAGCUUGAGUUCUCAGACUUAAAGUCAGUGGAUCUGGAAACCUAUAGGCCGCUGGGAUAUGGAUAUGGUACACUUGGUCUGAUUACUCUCAACGAAGAUGUGUUUGUCUGCGUCGUUACCAGCUCCUCGCAAGCUGCCACUGUGAGGCCUGGAGAAACUGUGUCAAGAAUUGACAAUGUAGCCUUCUAUUGUCUCAAUCGUUCGGAGUAUGAGUAUGGUCUAGACUAUGAGACUAGCUCUCAAUUCGCUGCUGAGGAGCGACUAGGCACAGAUGGGAAGGAUGUGGUCACUGACCAUCCUUUUCUGGCCUUGAAGAAGCUGCUUGGCGAUGGAAGUUUUUAUUACAGCCUCGAUUUCAACCUCACAGAUCGUUUACAGGACCGGGCCGACAAAUCCGCGGCAUUUGACAUCGACACCCUUGAUGAAGACAUGCUGUGGAACUCUUACAUGAUCGGUCCGCUUCUUUUAUUCCGAAGCCACCUACCGCCAUCCGACAAAGCCAAACUAGAUGCGUCACAGAUGUUAACCUGUGUCAUCCGUGGGUUUGCCAGUACUCUCAAAAUUCCAGCCACAGUCUCAAUUCUUCCUCAUGUGAGAACAAACUUUCCUUCGAUGCUGACAAUCAUAUCUCGGCAAUCCUCUCGGCGUGCUGGGACGAGAUUCAAUUCGAGAGGCAUUGAUGAUGAUGGAAAUGUUGCAAAUUUCGUGGAAACUGAGACCAUCCUGUGGGUAUCACCGGGAAUUGUGUUUUCAUAUGCUCAAGUCCGGGGCUCAGUGCCCAUCUUUUGGGAACAAGCUCCAGGUCUCAUUCCGGGUCAGCAAAAGAUUGAGGUCACGCGGUCAAGCGAGGCAACACAGCAUGCAUUCAACCAGCACUUUGAAUUUCUGGAGCUGGAGUACGGUGCAGUGCAUGUGGUUAAUUUGUUAAGUGAGCUGAAGCCCGGUGAAGCACAGUUGUCGGCCAAGUUUCGACAGCACGUUAGCAGAAGUUCAACCAGACAGAAAGAAUCUGCUGGGAUUUCUUCUCCACGCCGUAGCCUCUUGCGAAUGACCGAGUAUGAUUUCCUUGCUGAGACUCGAGGUCCUUCGGGAUACGAAGCCAGCUCCCAGAUCAGACAUGAGCUCAUCCACUCAUUGGAUGGGUUUUCCUAUUUUCUGUCGGAAGAUUCAGGUCGCCCAAAAGGGGACAACGCAGCGAACAGUUCUUCAGUCAUUCUACAGCAAGAGGGUGUUUUUCGGACUAAUUGCCUGGAUUGCCUAGAUAGAACAAAUCUCGUCCAAACCAUCAUUAGUUCGAUGGCAUUCGAGUCAUUUUUGACACAGCAAGAUGGAAAUCUCAGCUCGGAUAUGCAAGUUCGGCAUUCAACAAUUUGGGCCGACAACGGUGAUGCUCUUUCAAAAAUCUAUGCCGGGACAGGCGCCCUCAAAUCCUCUUUUACUCGACAUGGAAAGAUGUCUCUCGCGGGAGCGCUUGCAGAUGCGCGAAAGAGCGCCACUCGCCUCUACGUCAACAAUUUCACAGACAAAGCUAGACAGAAGACGAUUGAUCUGCUCUUGGGAAGACUCACAAAUCAAAUGCCUGUUUACCUCUAUGAUCCAAUCAAUGAUUUGGUUAUUGAGGAAUUGAACCGUCGAGCUCUGGAAUUUUCUUCACGCAAACAAGUUCGAUUCUGGGUUGGCACUUUCAAUGUGAAUGGACGCAACGAGGGCCCAGGUACUGAUCUUACACCAUGGCUUUUCCCAGAAUCAGACGAGUCCGAUGAAGAUCCGGCGAUCUUUGUAGUCGGUUUUCAGGAAAUUGUGGCCCUGAGCCCUCAGCAAAUUAUGUCUACCGACCCUAGUACCCGCAAGGUCUGGGAAAGGGCAGUCCACGAUUGUUUAAAUACGCACUCGAAGAUGAAAGGGACUGGAAAAUACGUGCACUUGAGAAGUGGCCAGCUAGUUGGCGCUGCGGUUCUACUAUAUGUGAAAGAAGAUGCCUUGAAAUAUAUCAAAAAUGUCGAAGGCAGUGUCAAAAAGACCGGUCUCUCUGGGAUUGCUGGCAACAAAGGCGGCUGUGCAGUUCGUUUUGAUUUUUCCAACACAAGUAUUUGCUUCGUUACCGCCCAUCUUGCUGCAGGAUUUGCAAACUAUGACGAGAGAAACAGGGACUACGAGAUUAUUGAUCGAGGGCUGCGGUUUCAAAAGAACCGAUCAAUCGCUGAUCAUGAUGCAGUAAUCUGGCUGGGUGAUUUCAACUAUCGAAUUGGAUUAGACAACCCAAGCGUAAGAGAGCUUAUCCUGCAGCGAAAUUAUCAAAGGCUAUACGACAACGAUCAAUUGAAUCUACAAAUGGUUGCAGGCAGAGCAUUCCAGUUCUAUUCAGAGGGCCCGAUUGACUUUCCACCUACUUACAAAUACGAUGUCGGAAAGGACAACUACGAUACAUCCGAGAAGGCACGAAUCCCUGCAUGGUGUGACCGAGUCCUAUGGAGAGGGGCCAACCUGCGGCAGACACAUUAUCACACUGCAGACUUGAGAGUAUCUGACCAUCGGCCAGUUUGGGCAACAUUUGAUUGUGUUAUCGACGUCAUUGAUCAUGCGCUGAAAGAAACACUUAGGCGAUCGAUAUACACAGAGAGGCAAGGCCAUGGUCAAGCUUCUCCUGCUGACCCCGUCUCUCUUUUGGACAUGGAGGAUGAUGAAACCACGGUGCAACUGCCAAUCGCACCUGGGCUGCCACCGGCAAGCUCUGACCGCAGUCGGUGGUGGUUAGAAAAUGGUGCAUCGGUCAAAGCAUCAGUGCAACCACCCGAGGAAGGAUUCAUUGCAAAUACCCAGCGCAAGUCCAAUCCAUUUUCUACAGAUGUCGACUGGGUAGCAAGUUCGACCUCGGGGGGAACCAACAACAAGCCCCCUGUCCAGGUCGUGAGGAAGCCCGUACUACCCCCGCGACGUGAUGCUCUUGAAUCACCAACGGGGUCCAUCUCACCGCAGGUAGUGGGUUUUGGGAGAGUGCCACCGACGGUUCCUCGGAAACCGCUAGCAUUGAGUUCUCAAGCGAAAAUCGGAACAGUGUCUCCCCACAGUCCAGGUAGUGGCGUGACUGUCAGGAUUCCCCCUGCAGAUCUCCUUGGUGACCCUGCCAGUGAGCACGUCGAAUGGAAGCCACUUCUUCAAUAA